AUGUACCUGUUUCUUUACGAUACAGAGACUUUGCCAACUGCUACUACAACCGCAGAAGACAACGAUAUUGUUGGUAACGACAAUGCCAGCAUAGUGUCCGAUGAAACGAGAUCAACCAAACGCUCCAAAACAAUCAGGGACGGAAGGGAGUUCUUUACCAAAAAGGCUCUGAAGCAGAUUGACUCCUGGAAAGCCGAGAUGAUCACGGCAAAGGAGGAUCUGGCUGAAAGAGCUGCUCUUUGUACUGGCGAUGAUCGCUGA